AUGAAAGAGGCAUGGCCGGGUUCUGCUGCCUCUACCUACUUUUGGCAGUAUAAAAGACAAGGAGAGGCCUGCCAUUUUGCUUGUCCGUUUCUUGGUAUAUUCAAGUUUCAAGCUUCCGUCGGAUCAGAGAUCAUAACAAUUCUCUUCUUGCACAAGGCACAUGCAUCAAGAAAAUCUUCCCGGCCGGUUAUAAUUUCCCGGCGAGGAGGCGAAUUGAACGUAAAUAUACUCUUCCUCUGCUUCUCAACCGCCGCCGGAAUAUUCUGUACGGGUUUGAUCACGGCGUGGGCUGGCCGCGUGGGUGGUUGCUUGUUCUCUUGUGCGGCGGCCGCAACAGCUGGUUUAUUCUGCAAGGGUUUCACGGCGGCGCAGGCUGGCCGCGCGGCGGCGGCGAAAAAUGCCACACAAAGUAUCAAGAAGAACAAGAAGAGGAAGAGGAGAAAACUGCAGAGGAAUCACUGUUCGAAUGCUUCGUCACGUGCAGCAGACACCGGCAGAACGACCAUGAACUUACCGACUGCGAGCAGAGGUGCGUCAAACAGUAUCAGGAGACUAAGAAACAGGAGGGCCAAGAGGGCAGCCGCCGCCACGGCGGCGGCGGCGGCGAAGUUCUUAUAUUUGAAUUUCAUUUUUAUAAUUCAAAUAGGCACCGUAGAAAACCACCACCGCGAAGAUGAACCGGCGGCGCAGCGAUUCAAACAGUGCCAAAGCCGAUGCGGGAAACAAGAACAAGGACAGCAACGCCAGUACUGCCAACAAAAAUGCCAGUGGGAGUACGAGAAACAGAAGAGAGAAGAAGAACAACAACACGGCGGCGGCCGCGGCGGCGGAGAUCCGACGAACGCCAAAAAGGAAUCGAAAGAAGAAGAGAAACAACAGAGGCAAAACCCCUACUUCUUCGAUUCGCAGAGAUUCGAUUCCAAAUACAGAACCGAACAAGGGCACAUCAAAAUACUCGAACGAUUCUCGAAGAAUUCCGAUCUCCUCCAAGGAAUCGAGAAUUAUCGAUUAGCAAUUCUCGAAGCGAAUCCCAACACCUUCGUCCUCCCUCAUCACUGCGACGCCGAAUCAGUCUUCCUCGUCGUUGGGGGAAGAGGAACAAUUAGCUACGUAUGGGAAAAGCAGAGGAAAUCGUAUAAUCUGAAGAGUGGAGGUGUGCUGUGGGUCCCAGCUGGAUCGAUUGUCUACUUGACGAACAACGACGACAACGAAAGGUUGUAUAUUUUGAAGCUUUUGCAGCCUGUCAAUACUCCCGGCAAAUUUAAGGAGUAUUUUGGUGUUGGUGGAGAAAAUCCAGAGUCUUUCUACAGUUCUUUCAGCAACGAGAUACUCGAAGCUGCCUUCAAUACGCAAAGUGAGAAGUUGCAGAGGCUUUUUGGGCAGCAGAGCAAAGGGGUGAUAAUAAAGGCAUCCAAAGAGCAAAUAAGAGCUUUGAGCCAAGAAUCGGAAUCUUCUCCAAGGGGAAGGAGAGAGAAGGAGUCGUCUUCGUGGGGCCCGAUCGAUCUGUUAAACGAACGGCCCGUUUUCUCGAACGAAUUCGGACAGUAUUUCGAAGCCUCUCCUAAUCAUUACCAGCAGCUCAGAGACUUGGAUGUCUCGGUUUUACUCGUGAACAUCACAAAAGUAAGAAUAUAUGUCGUAUAUUGUUUUUAAGUGAUGAUCAACUAAUAUACGUUCUUGUUCGAUUUUUUCGAAAAAAGGGUGCAAUGGUGGCUCCAUACUACAAUUCGAAGUCUA